AUGACGGCGACGUUGAUAGCGCUGCAAGGAUACGAGAAGGCACUUGGGGCAGAGCACACAUCGACACUCAACACGGUCAACAACUUGGGCAACCUCUACAAGAACCAGGGCAAGCUGGGCGAGGCAGAGAUGUACGAGCGAGCGUUGCAAGGAUACGAAAAGGCACUUGGUCCAGAAAGUGUUGCUACUUAUGUCCCAGCACUAAACACAAACUGGGGCCUUGGUUCGCUCUUCCAUAGUCAAGGUCAUUCAGCUAAGGCUAGGAUAAUGUACUCGAAGGCCCCAGUAGGAUAUGUGAAUGUUCUUGGACAUGACCAUCCACACUGUCAGAGUCUGCGGGAGAAUGUGAGUGCUUUGAUUCCCGAAGCGGAAAAUAUCGACAAGAGGGAGGAUUCACGGCCUUUAAUGAUUGAAGGGACUGCGGGAAAUGGAAAACGUCAUAGGUUGUUCAGAAAAUUCGGGUUAAGGUAG